UCAAAUACUAAAAUGAAGUCCUUCCAAAUUGUUGCAGCUUUGUUGCUGAUCACCGUCGCAUUGUCCCAAGCCAGAAACUCCUACUUUGUCUUCACUGAUGGUGUUGAUGAGUUCACCAUCAAGUUGACCGACCCAACCAACAUCCAACACGCACGUGACUUGAUCACCAAGGCCACCACCGAGAGACCACACAUCAUGGGCAACGUCAUCAAGGAGGCAGCCUUCUACAACUACGAGUGGAACUACCAACUCAACACCACCACCAUCAAGUUCUUUGACUUUGCCGCUGAAGCCUGUGACGCCUCAAUCUCCUACGUCGACGAGCACCUCGCCGAGGUUGGUGGUGAACUCCUUCCAGGUAGCAAGUGGUGCCCAUGGAGAUCCCGUUUGGUCCGUGAG